CUUCGCCGUCGCUCUUCCCUUUCUCUACCUCGUUGCCCAAUCACUGCCUCAUCUCCACAAUAGUCAAUUGCCACCGAACGUGAAGCGAACGUGAAGGCAGAGCUUGCAUCGCCCUCGAGACGACCUUCACGUGCUUUAACACUAGCUGUACAAGCCAGGUCGGCACACCCAAGCAUACGUCAAGUCGCUGCGCGUGCUCUCGAGACUGCCUCAAAUGCUCAGCGGGGCAUCAAUUACAGCUGCUUCGCGCCCGCCUUAGUCCCUACCCUGAUUCGCGCAACUGUAUAGAAUCUCUCCGGGGAACUGGUGCGUCUCCGUUCUUCGCUGUUCGCAGGCUUGCGCCGGUGGCCGGUACGGAGCGAUGGCGUCGCCUGGGAAGGCGGGCGCAAGCUCGCCGAUUGGCAGCGGCACUCUGGUGAACCGGGAUCGAGUAAGGCAGAAGCUGUUGAGCGAGGGAAAAGGUAACCCAAUCGAAGUUCCUCAGCACGGCGCGACGUAUACAGGAAAUAGCCCAGAUUACGAGUCCCAGAGGCGAUUAAGGCAAUCUCGUCAAGCCCGUCAUGCCCCUUCGAGAACGGGUGUUGCGACCUCGAGCCCGUAUCAUCCCGGCAGGGAUAGCUUCGACACCAGUAAAAAGGCAGGGGAGACGUCUAGUGCAGCAGGUCCAAAAGAUAGACCGGUUCCAUCUUCUACUUUCUACUCAGGAGGCAGAGGAAACGGCAGGUUGAAGAACACCAUGAAAGACCCAGCAUGGACCCAAAGUCCGUCGCAGCACCGAAAUGCAGCUUUAACACCACGGGACGCGAAACAAGCAAAUCGUUCGCAGCAGGUUCCAAAGGACGAGACGCCCAUCGACCUGGUCUCCGAUGACGAGGUCGCAGAGAUUGAAGAGCCCGAGCAGCCGCCCUCGCCGCGGCUCCUCGCGCAGCCGAAGCAGCAACUGGAAGUACCGGCGUCCGACCUAGGUCGGGCAAACGGCAAGGGUAAAGAGCGUGCCGUGCUCGACAUGGCUCCUGACACAGGCACAGACGAACAUGACCUCCAGUUGAGUCCAAGAAGAUCUGAGAGGGCCUUCACGGUUGUCCGUCCCGGCGAUGAACCCAAGAAGGCCCGGGUGGUUUCCCGCAUGAAGGGGAAAGAUCCUGGCUCAGGGAAGACCACGAUGGAGAAGAAAGGCGGAGCACUGAAGGGCUCCAAAGCGAGUCACUUGGGCGAUCCAGCACCCUCAUCUUUGCGGGAAAGCAGACGGUCCGAAGGGAUAUACAUCGAGAUGGGCUUGUCGAACAUCAUCUUCAGCGAAGACCAGAAUAUCGGUAGCCCAAAUGGUGCGAACGAAGAGCUCAUCGAAAGCGUGACAUCCCCUCGAGCUUGCAUAACAUCGGAAUCUGUCACGCUGAGCUGGGACGACGUCGAUGUGUUGUCAAUUGCGCUCAAAAAUAUUGAGAAGAUGGAGCUAUUUUGUUCAUCAAAAACGGAGAGGGGAGAGUCUCUCUUCGUUGUUGUGACAAAAGUCAACGCGUGCAAGAUUCAUAAGGCCCAAAGACGACGGCUGAAGACAGAAGCGCCGCAGGCUUUUGCGUGCUUUCUACACGGUCCAGACCCCCGGGAGAAUGCGGACAAGCUGCGAAAGCUUGGUCAUGUAGAGCUGCCCUUUACGGUGACGACUCUGGAUCUCAAUGCUGCCACCGCACUCCGAAGCACGCUCACGUAUCUUCAAGAAAAAACGGAGGCAGAGAGCAAUAGCAGCGAUUCUUUGUCUCAAACAGGGCAAUCAAGGCCCCUUCUUGGCCACCAAAAACGGUCUCUCGAGCGCAGUAGCCCUUCUCCCCAAAGAAGUGCAAAGAUCCUAGCCAAUGAGUCACCGCAGGCGAAACGCAUCAAGAGUAUCUCGUCCUCCCAGCAGCACGCGAAUGACGGCAGUCAAUCUCCUCCAACAGCGACCAAUGGUUCAGCAGGUGGUCGUGUUCGAAAUCCGGAUGAGAGGAAGACGAUAUCCCCCCGGACGGAAGAGAAGCACACUGUCGCGAAGGCAGAAGACGCGGAAACCACACAGCCCAAGACUACGUCAGCACUGCCCAAAAAGUUCGAAAAGUCCUUUUCAUAUCCAUUCGAAGGUGUCGGAGCUAUCAAUGUAUUUGAAAGCGACCUCGAAAAACUGGAAGAGGGAGAAUUCCUCAACGAUACCUUGAUCGAGCUUGGGCUAAAGUACCUUCUGGAGGACAUCAAGAAGAGAGACCCGGCGCUUUACGAUUCCAUUUACGUCUUCUCUUCGUUCUUCUGGAAGCGUUUCACCGAGCUUGGCAAGGAACGAAGGCAAUCGUACGAGCUUGUCAAAAAGUGGACGGCUAAAGUGGACAUCUUCUCGAAAAAGUAUCUCGUGAUACCCAUCAACGAGAACCUGCACUGGUAUCUCGCCAUAGUCAUCAAUCCUCACUACGUUCUAAGAAAGCGUCAAGUCGGAGACAAGGACGAAGGAAAGGUAGAGGACGAAGUCAUCGAAGUGAAAGAGCCAGGAAUCGCCACGUCGACCGCGAACGAGAGAGGCCUCCAGAAUCGUCCUGAGCACCACCUGCAAGGAAUGGACGAGGUCUGGACGACUCCAUCCGAUGGCAUGACGACACCCCCGUUAGAUACUCUGCAAGGAUCUUUGGGACAAGAAGCAGAGAUUGGUGGUGGCGGUAAUGAGAUCGACGGUGACGUGACAAUGAACGAGGCCGACACUGAGGCCGAGGUCGAGGCUGCGGAUGCUAUGGAGGUAGACGAUGCUGUGGAAGUCCACAAACUGGAAGUGAAACCUAGUCAUCGCACCGUGACCACAUGGGACGAUGUCUUGCCAACUGUCGUGUCGUCCACACCGACCAGUCCGAAUGCAUCUCUCAAGGAAGUUCCUGUGCAAGAUAAGCGGACACGGGCCCGCGCGUCUCGUUCUGGUCCCUCCGACGGUCUGCACAAUGCUGGUCAAGGCACGAUGCUCGGCGGCGGAGGCGGGCACAGCAUCAGUACGCCCAUCAACGCCGGCGACACAAUACGAAGGCUUAGGGAAGAAGACGAUGCGAAGGAGAGAAUGGAGCAAGAGCAAAGGGCCAGGGCCAGGGAGGCAGAAGAAGAAAGGGAGAGAGAAGCAAAGGGCCGAGGAAUCUCGUCGAGUUUCCCCAUUCAGGCUACCUACGGCGAUCAAGGUCGAGCACAACUUGAAAGGAAAAAGUCGACGGGUCCAAAGAAUCCUGUCGUGACCGAAAGACUCCGAUUCAAUGUCGAGAACUACACGAUGAUCUUGACGUUCGACUCGCUCGGCAACUCUCACAAAGGGGUCCGCACCAUCCUACGCGACUACCUUUGUUACGAAGCCCAGGACAAGCGACAAGCUUCCUUUGAGGAUCCCAAAGACAUUGGGGAUUCUCUUGAACAAAUUCAAGUGGCAUGUCCUGCACAAGACAAUUACUGCGAUUGCGGGCUCUUCUUGCUUCAUUUCUUCGAGCGCUUCUUUCAAGACCCUCGUCACAUGCUAGACAACGUCAUUAUACCUCGGGCGAAGGAUCACGAUUCAUGGGCGGAGGAAGGUACUCGAACGGCUCGAAAGGUCUGGAAGGAAAGAGCUAAGCUAAUCAAGCAAGAGUUCAACGAGCGUCGAGAGAAGAGGUGCAAGGAGAUCAGACUAGCUGGCCAAAGGAACGCUGAGAUGUCUCGCUCUUCCUCAUCGCUCUCACCUUCUGCAGCCAGGUCCUUAUCUCCCUCUAAGGCGCUUUCGCCAACCGAAUCGUCCUCCCCGCUCAAAGCCCCAUCUGUGUUCAAGCCAUCACCUCCCGCCGCAUAGCUUCCUUCUAACUUUGCUGCUGCAAACCCCAGUCGCGUUUUUUGGAAGCCCUUUUCGCCGGUCAGCUCCCCCAGAGUCAGCAAAUCAUCUGUAUUGGUACAACCGUGAUCAUCACACUCAAGGAGCGAAAUAUCAAAUCAGUCAUAG